AUGCGCUUCGCACAUGUAGGGUCUAGCAGGGACUCGCUGGGCACUCGAUUCCCGGCCAACACGGACAUGACGCUGCGCAGCCGGAGUGAUCCCGCACAAACGGGAAUAGAUGCCAUAUCGUUGCCGAUAAGGAGAAUGAGACAGACCUACUCUGUUGAGCAGCAAAUACGUCGGCUACCCAAGCGCGGAGGCCCGCCGGCUGCCGCAUCCAGGAUGGUGGUGGUGGGCAGGAUGAAGGCGAAAGAUGAAGUGGGCGACCGCAUGUCAUCCGAUAGGCUGCGAUUCCCAGCACGUGCACACGACGCGCUCAGGUUCGACCCCAACGGUGUCAAACUCGCACCCGACAUCGUUUCCGGGCCAGGACCCUUCAGCCAUAAAACCUAUCCACUUUUCAAUGCUCAGCAGCACUUCACUACAGUCGUCUUCCAAAACCAGCGCCAGAACCAUCAGAUAUUGAACGAGCUUCGCAAACCACUUGUGGUCGCAAGCUUUGCCGAGACCCGGAGUGAUCGGAUGGUCGCGGCACUGCGUCUUGGCCAUCCGCUGGCGAAACACCGAACCCCCCCCCCCCGGCAUGGUGAUGUACGUCCUUCUUCCUCAUUCUCUACCUCUCUUCUUUUCGCGACGCUCACGAUGUGGGGUUCCGUAUCUUCUGGUCUAGUAAUAUUUUACGCCCUCGUGGCGUCCACCUCUGCUCUCCGUGUGCCUGUGCGCCGUCAAUCCUUUGGGAGGAGUCACUCUCAUUCGAUGCCCACUCGCAAGAAGCAUACUUCCAAUCCGGACCUGCAUGUCCUAUCGGGAUAUGAGAAUAUCCUCGACGUGAUUCUCGAUACCGGUAGUCCGGAUUUCUGGAUAUCAACGAACGUCACAUUCGAGAACGCUAUCAACACCAGUGUUAUUAGUGGUACGAAUUACGGUACGAAGGGAGGCCAGUCCAGGGUCAGUGGAUAUAUCUUGAUGGCGGAAGCCGAGUUUGGCGGCUUCACUGUUCACAAUCAGACUUUCGUCGAUGUGACGAACAUGACUACAGAGGAUGGCACUGGGCUUCUGUUUCCCGGUUCGCUGUCGAAGGCAAAGAGUCCGUACAACGGCUCGCGUCCCGUGUCCAAUAUCUUCGCUCAGUACCCAUACUUCCCGCCCCAAUUCACGAUGCUCUUUUCACGGUACUACGGCAAUAACAUCACGUCCUCAGGUGGCGAAUUCACAUUUGGCGACCCGAUCUCUGGAUACGAAUACAUUGAGGACGCACCCGCUAUGCCAGUAAUUGACAACUCUCUCUUUGAACAGUACUGGUCGAUUCACAUGGAUGCCAUCAUCAUCAACGGCAAGCGAUUUGAGGCUGGGCCAACCGGUGCGAAGAACCUCACGGCAAUCCUUGAUGCUGGGACUCCUACUGCCUUGAUGGACUCAGAGUUCGUGGACAUGCUCUACGGUGCCGACACACCCCGCUUCCAAGACGACACCAUAUCUUAUGCACCCUGCGAUCUCGAGAUCAACAUGACAUUUGUGUUCGGGGAUGUUGAGAUGCCGAUCAACCCUCUCGAUCUCACGACUCCCAACAACGUGACGCAGAAUGGUACAGUGGAGUGUUAUGGCUCCUUCGAGCGAUUAAGUGGCUUCCCUCCAGGCACGCUUCUCCUCGGUGACAGUUUCUUGCGUCACGUGUACACCCUGUACAACCACAACCCAAACAGGAACCGGGGCAACACGACUAGACCAUAUGUCCAGAUGAUCCCCGUAUCCACAGGUGCACACCUCGCGGGUGGCAUCGCAGGCUCUGCGGUUACGUCUUCGUCCUCGCCCGACUUCUCCACGCUCACGCGCAACUCAUAUAUCAUCCUCGGCCUUCUUGCUGGCGUGCUUGUCCUCGUGCUUGUCGUCCUUGGCGUCUCGUGCGCUGGCCAGCGCUCCAAGACCGGUCGAGGCUACCGUGUUGUUGCCCCUAUGGAUAUGGUAGGGUCGCCCUCGAAUUGGGCUCGACGCGCGCUGGCGUUUCGCAGCGUAUUCGCAUCAACGAUACAGUUUAACGAUAUGGAAUUGGCUGACAGGUUAGUGCUAGUACAGCGUGUCAAAACCGCUGAGCGGACUGCCGAGCGAUACAAUAGCCGCGCUAUUCAUCCCACGAAGAGAAUAGCGGAUGAAGUGGCAGGUUAUGAAAACCUCAAUGAUAGUCGCUAUGUUGGCGAAGUAUUAGUGUCAAGUAGACCUUUCGAGAUCAUCUUGGAUACAGGGAGCCAUGAGUUCUGGCUCAAGACCGAUACAACAUUGUCAAAUUACACAAACACAUCGAUUACAGCGAUGAUUGACUAUGGUGGUGGCACGGGUCUUGGAUCAUCCGUUUCGGGCUUUGUCUUACUGGCUAAGACACAAUUCGCCAAUUUCACUAUCAAGGAACAAGCAUUCAUCAAUGUGCUCGAACCAGCAAGCGGUUUGAUCGCGCCUGGGAUCAAUGGAAUUAUGGGUAUUGCUCCCCCGAGUAAUGACACUGCAAUUAAUAAUGCCUUCAAGCAAGCCAAUUACACAGCUUCAAGUGGCGGGAGCCCUGUGGAGAGCAACCCCAACGUGACACCCCAGUUCACGAUGCUAAUGACCCGCAACGAUGGAGAAGUCCGCUCCUCAGGUGGCAUAUUUACAUUGGGUGACCCGAUUUCGGAACACGCCAGUGUUACCAGCCAACCCGUGUUGCCUAUCGUGAACACAACGCUAGGUCGGUAUUACUGGACGGUCUAUCUUGACGGGAUCAAAGUCAAUGGCAAUUGGCCAAACGGAACUGUGUUCACGGCAGUACUCGACUCCGGAACGCCAACGACCUUUAUUAGUCCUGAGCUAGUCGAGUUCAUAUACGGAGCGGACGCUGAGAUAACGUCGGAUGGACUGGCGGCUCUUGUAUCAUGCGAAACUAUGCUCAAUGUUAGCUUCGUAAUUGGUGGGGUCGAAUAUCCCGUCAAUCCGCUUGACUCUGUUAUCCCAACCGGACAUUACUACAAUAAUACCGUUGCGUGCACCGGCGCGUUCCAGCGCGCGCAAGGUCCACCUUGGGACGGGAAUAUGCUUCUCCUCGGUGACACAUUCCUCCGGAAUGUAUACGCCCUGUACAACCUGAAUCUGCGACAAUCUGACGGGAAUACUACUCUGCCGUUUGUACAGCUCCUCAGCGUGACAGACGCAAACCUGGCAGCAUCCCAAUUCCCUGAGCAGAAUCUCGCACGGCUCGAGAGCUUCGCGCAAGUCUACGGUUACACCGUGCCGUUGCCCCCUGACCCCCUGGCUCCCAUUCUCCGCAAUUCGGGCAUCAUUAUGUUCAUGUCACUCGUUGCGCUCAUUCUUGCUUUUAUCGCUGCCUUCUACGCUAUUAGGAAUGCCCGGAUGCAAUCAUCUAGGGAUGAUUAUAUUGUACUCGGCGAGGAACAGAAGGAAGUUCGGUUACUCUUUGCAGCAGACUGA